AUGCUUCUUCCUCCCCUCUUAAACCCACCACCCAAAUCUUCUAUAAGAUGGAACCGGCUCGCACCCUUCAUCUCAUCACCUCCCGCUCCUGUUCCCUUGCCCCCUCUUUCGACGGCCAUGGCAAGAUCAGACAGCUUCCGCUUCUUCGCCUUCUUGCUCAUCGCCGGUGGGGUCGCCGUGCUGUCCGUCGCGCGGACCGAUCCCGCGACGGAGACGUAUGAGUACCUGGUCGACUGCGCUACCAAGCUGGCCGAGAAGUGCGGGUAUGAGAUCUUCGGCAACAUAUUCACGGACAAGGAACGGCUCACCCCUCAAUGCUGUAAGAAGCUUGUGUCCAUGGGAAAAGCAUGCCACGAGGCGAUGGUGAGCUUCAUUAUCAUAUCGCCCACUUACAGCAAGAAUGCCUCCAUCACUGUGCCCAGGAGCAAAAAAGUGUGGAAAGAGUGCGUCUCGUUGGCCAAAGGAGCCUCUGCCCUACCGUAAGAAGGCCUGGUUUUAUCGGAUUUAAUCGAGGUCGAAUUAUCAUCGCAAACUCGAAAAACACAGAGGAAUAACGACAGUUCAAAGAGUUGUUUAUUUGCGCUUUUAAUACAAUUUGUAUCCAUGAUCAGUCGAUAUCCUAAAUUAGUUUUACCUGUGUCUCCGAAAGUAAAGCUGAAUUAGAGAUAAAUGAAAUAUGGCUUACGGGCUGGAUUGAUAAUCCGGAGACCA